UUUUAUUUCUGGUACUAUUUUCUGAUUGGCAAGAAUAUAAUUUUUUCUUACCUCAUAGGAUUUUCUUCUGGUACUGUUUUCUGAUGGGCAGGACCCCGUCAGAUUUUAGUAUGGAGGUACACUUUUCUGGUGGGUGCCGUUUUCUGAUAGACCACACCAUCUGAGUUUUCAGUACCCCCUCAGAUUUUAGUACCAGGGCAAGCUUUUCGGAUUGGUGCUGUUUUCUCUUCAAUUUCCAGGACCCUUCCAGAUUACAGUAGCAAAGUUUGAUUUUCUGAUGAGUGCUCUUUUCUGAUGGACUAGACUGUAAGUUUUCAGGAUUGUGUCAGCAAGGGGUUCUGACAGGUUCCAGAAAACGUAUGGUACUGAAAUCUGGCAGGGUCCUGGAAACUGAUGGGGUCUAGUCCAUAAGAUAAUAGUUGGUACUGAAGACUGAUGGGAUCCUGAAUACUUACAGUCUAGUGUCAGAAAACAUCACCCAACAGAAAAGCGCAGCUUGAAAUCAGACGGGGUCCUGAACAUGUACAGUCUAGUUCAUCAGAAAAGUGUACCUCGGUACUGGAAGCUGACAGUACUGGAAAUUUAUGGGCUAGUGCUAGUUCAAAGCAAGGCAGGAUUGGAAUUCAGGACCUACAGGUUCAUAUAGCACUCCCUUUGCUGUUAUCCUAUUCAACAACAGCUCCUCACCUGCACUCAAAGGAAUGGAAGAUGCAGCCUUGAAUGAGGAAAAGCGAAGUUUAUAAAGCAAGUCCAAGAUCCUGCCAGACUAAACAUUUCCAGACAAUCCCAGAUACCCAAUGCAAAGAAAGGAAAGCAUGAUUUCAAACUGUUUCUGAUAUUAACCAAUCCUCUAAUAGGCAAAGCUGUUUCCAAAGACUUUUUGCUAGGCUCACAAUCACUUGCAGUCUUGUGGACUACACAAGUCUCCUCACUAACAGUGAAGUUAAUGAACUUAAGCACACACAGGCUUUGUUGUCAGGACAAAAUGAAUCCUUCAAACAAAUGUCUUGCCAAAAAGGAAGCUGCUCUGUUGGUGACAAUAGAGAUUCAAUAAUACAGUUUCAAGAAAAAUAAAGUAUUAUAUUGUUUAUUUCAAAAUAAUAUUAGAAUAAUGUAAUAUAAUAUUAUUAAUAUUACAUAAUAUUACAUAAUAUUACACAGUAUUAAUAUUAUUAAUACUACAUAAUAUUAUAGCCAACUAAUGGCACAGUGGGGAAGUAACUUGCUUAGGGAGGAAGAGGUUGCUGGUGUGAAUCCCCGCUGGAAACACCUAUAUCGAGCAGCAGUGACAUAGGAAGGUGCUGAAAGGCAUCAUCUCAGACUGUGCAGGCAAUGGCAAUGGCAAACCCUUCCUGUAUUCUACCAAAGAAAACCACAUGGCUCUGUGGUUGCCAGGAGUCAACAUGGACUCAACAGCAUAACUUUACUUGAUUAAAAUCAGACAGGAAAUUUCUGCUUAUGUUCAUGCAGCUUGGAAUUCAAUAAGAUAUAGGAGCGAUUCAAAACUCCUCCAUGCAAGAUAAAGGGUUUAGGAGACGCCUGGGGACAGCCGAGCAGAUUAGGUCCCUUGGAUAAUGUCGCGAAGGAGCUGGGCUCGCAUUUGCUUCAGACACUGGAUGGGUUUGUUUUUGUGGUAGCAUCUGAUGGCAAAAUAAUGUAUAUCUCAGAAACAGCUUCUGUUCAUCUAGGUUUAUCCCAGGUGGAACUCACUGGUAAUAGCAUUUAUGAGUAUAUACAUCCAUCAGACCAUGAUGAAAUGACAGCAGUUCUGACAGCUCACCAGCCUCUUCAUCCUCAUCUCUUACAAGAGUAUGAAAUAGAGAGAUCUUUUUUUCUGCGAAUGAAGUGUGUCUUGGCCAAGCGGAAUGCAGGUUUGACAUGUAGUGGUUAUAAGGUGAUCCACUGCAGUGGCUAUUUGAAGAUACGGCAGUACAUGUUGGAUAUGUCUUUGUACGAUUCUUGUUACCAAAUUGUGGGGCUGGUUGCUGUAGGUCAAUCAUUACCUCCCAGUGCAAUCACCGAGAUCAAACUUCAUAGUAAUAUGUUUAUGUUCAGAGCAAGUCUAGACUUAAAAUUAAUAUUCCUCGAUUCCAGAGUGACUGAAUUAACUGGAUAUGAGCCACAGGACCUGAUAGAGAAGACUCUCUAUCACCAUAUACAUGGAUGUGAUGUAUUUCAUUUACGAUAUGCUCACCAUCUCUUGCUGGUGAAAGGACAAGUCACAACCAAGUACUAUCGAUUACUAUCAAAGAACGGCGGCUGGGUUUGGGUACAGAGCUAUGCUACCAUUGUGCACAAUAGCCGUUCAUCGCGACCUCACUGCAUAGUGAGUGUCAAUUAUGUCCUAACAGAUUUAGAAUAUAAGGAACUUCAGUUAUCAUUGGACCAAGUCACCGUUUCUAAGUCACAGUUUUCAUGCAGAAAUUCAGUGUCUACCUCACAAGAAACGAGAAAAGCAACGAAACCCAGAAGUAAUAAAAUGAAAACAAAACUCAGAACAACUCCUUACCCACAGCAGCAAUAUGGCUCCUUCCAGACAGACAAACUGGAAUGUGGCCAGGUUGGAAGCUGGAGAUCCAACUCCACAGCAAAUUCUGCCACCAUCCAAGAACAAACCUUCCAUUCAGAAAACAGCGAACUUUUAUAUACCCCAUCGUACAGCUUACCUUUCUCCUACCAUUAUGGACACUUCCCUGUAGACCCUCAUGUAUUCAGUGGCAAAAAACAAAUGCUGCCUUCUAAAUUUGGGCAGUCUCAAGGAACACCUUGCGAAGUAGCUCGAUUUUUCUUAAGCACACUGCAGACAAGUGGAGAGUGCCAGUGGCACUAUGCCAAUUCGCUUGUACCAAGCAGCCAAUCACCAUCUAAAAGCCCUCCUGAUCAGUCAGCAAGCAACAUACGCCAUAAUCUCCUACAGGGCUAUGAAGUGCCACUACCAAACAGAAGAUACAGUCAAGAAGGCACAUCAGACAGCUUUGUGAGCUGCACAACCCUAACACCAAACAGUAGAUAUAAAGAAGAAAUCUAUGAUUCCAGCAUUAUAAAACACAGCAAAAUGGAAAACAGAAUAUACCCAGCACAUCAUCAGCUCAUUAAAGAAGAAAAUAAGCUAGUUUUCAACAGAGACUUGCAAGAAAAAAAUAUUAGUGAAAGACCUUAUUCAAAUUCCUUUUUAUCAAGAUCAGAAUGUUUCCAAACUAAAUCCAUUGGACAAUUAAGCCAUCUUCUCCCAGUUCCAACGGUAUAUGAACAAACAAGGAGAAUUUGUAUGAAAGAACCAAAAUAUGAGCAUAUUGCUCAUCAUGCUACAAAUUUAGGUGAGCUGGAAAAUGACGACAGGAUGACAGUAAAGUUUGACCACGACUCUGAGCAUGACCACACAGUGGAUGCAAGACACACAGGACAAGUUCCAUUUGUACUUCUGAACUACCACCGUGUUUUAGCUAAACAUGGCACAUUUCAAACCUCUUCAUGUACUGCCACAGGACAUAUAGCAGAAAAUUAUGGACACAGUUCUGAAGAAAUAAAUACGUUUUACAAAAACCAAAGCCCCUCAUCAGCCUCCUCCCCUGAGACCCACAAGGAGCCUGCACUUCCCCAUUAUAUUGGAACUUCAGUAAUAAUAGCCAAUGGAAGGUGACAAUAAUAGAAAGCCGUUUUUUUAAAUUAAAAAAUAAAGCAAACUGGAAUAGUUUCCAAAAAGCAUGAGAAUACAUGGUUGCAUUUAGUGAGCAUGGUGUUUAAAGCCAAUGAGACACAGAUUUGCAUGCAUUCUUGGCAAGCCAUGAGUUACAAUACCUUUAAGGUCAGGGAAAAAAGACAUCUAGCUUCAGUACUUCGUUGUUAGAGAUUAAUCUCUGCAGUUGACUUUGCCUGUAAGAUCAUAUUUUUGUUUUUCUUUUUUCUCUUCAGUGUAGUAUCAUAGAAGUUUUAUGUUCUGGUACAAAGGCUGACUGUUUUCUUACAAAUACAAUGCCAAAAUGUAUUUGAAUGCCAGAGACCAUCUGGCAAACGGACAGUCUGAUACGGGACAGUAAUUACCACAAUUAUUUGUGACAGUCAUCAUUAAAACCAUCUUCAGACACAUUAGUCUGGGAACAUGCAUUAGCCUAAUCUCUAAAAUUAAAUCUUUAAUUUUGA